CCUGUAGAAGAAAAAGUACUUCUUCAAGAAAUGUUCAUGCUCAAGAAUUGGGAGGAAAUGGCUCUGUCACAUUUUGGAAACAAUAACAACUACAUGAACAUGGCAGAGGCAAAUAAUGCAUUUCUUGCUGCAAAUGAGACGUUCCAUACGCCGAACCUUGGGGAUGAGGAGUUUGAAAUCCCACCCAUUACCCCCCCACCCGAGUCAGACCCUGCACUGGGGAUGGCAGAUAUACUGCUGCCCUUUCAGGGCCUUGGUGACCAGCUGCCUGCACAAGGAAAUGAAUUCACACCUCAGUUUCCCCCCCAGAGCUUGGAUCUUCCCUCUAUUACAAUAUCCCGAAAUCUCGUGGAGCAAGACGGUGUCAUCCACAGCAAUGGAUUGCAUAUGGAUCAGAGUCACACACAAGUUGCUCAGUACCGCCAGGAUCACUCUCUGAUUAUGAGAUCCAUUGUCCAUAUGACUGAUGCUGCUCAUUCGGGAAUUCUGCCUCCGUCUCAGCUCACCACCAUUAACCAGUCUCAGCUAAGUGCACAGCUGGGGCUAAAUUUAGGAGGCACUAAUUUGCCACACACUUCUCCCUCCCCUCCUGCAAGUAAAUCAGCCACUCCUUCCCCAUCCAGCUCUAUCAAUGAAGAAGAUGCAGAUGAAUCGAACAGA